AUGACAUCUACAGCUCCAGCCCACGCGAUUCACGCGGUCCAAGGCCCGUCCCUACAAUCUUCUGCAUAUUCUUCCACAGAGUCCAUUGGCCGGAGAAUACAAAGGACCCCUUUAGCUGUUGCGAAAAGGUUGUUCCCCUCGGCCGUAUCUUCACCCUCAGCUUUUUGCUCCCGGAGAACUUCAUCUCGACCGCCCGCUUCGCCCCCAAUGCCUGUAGGAACAGAGAGGCUAAUUGGUGGAGGAAAUUCGGGCAUUCCCUCGCACCAUGCUAGAAAUUCGUCCGCUCCUGUUCGCCCUACGCCCGCAAUAUUAACAUCAGUGCCCUCACAAAACUUCGAGGGCAGGCAUGGCAAUGGUUUGCGCGAUGUCAAUGGAGAUAUUGCGCCUCUGACGUCAGAGAAGCCUCAGGCUUCCACAAGUGGAGGAGCAGUUACCAUGACAAUCCAGCUGGCAGAGCCGAUGCUAUUUUUGCAAGGAUUUGACCAAAGCGAUCACUCCAACAGGACACCAGCAAUGUUACGCGGGAGUUUGUUACUGAGAAUUUCGAAGCCAACAAAAAUAAAGACGGUCAGUCUUGCCUUCCGGGGGAGGGCUAGGACCGAAUGGCCUGAAGGUAUAGCCACCCUGAUUCCCGGAUUCAAGAAGCUAUCGAACCAAUUACUGAGCUAUACCCUAGGUAUACCGCCCAAAAAGUCUGAAUACUUUGAGGAGAAGGAGAUUAUGCAACACAUUUGGCCGUUUUUCAACGCACAGUUUGCAACAGCAGAGCUGGGUCAUGGCGCCGACUCGUGUCGGCUCUACAAAAGCUCUUCGGAUAGCACGUCAUCUAUAACCUCUGCAAUAGUGUAUUUGGCACGUUCGGCCUCCCCUAUCGGGAUCUCGCCGGCCUUGGGCGGUUGUUCUACUGAUCGUAGGCUUUCCUUACAGCUCGCGCAAUCCCGGAGUUUUAGCAAGGGAGAGUCGCCGAAUGGGGUAUCAGUUGCCCAGCGCGGCUACCGAAUCUUCCAACCCGGUGACUACGUUUACAACUUUGAGUUGCCCAUUGAAAGCUGUCUGCCGGAGACUAUUGACGUCGAUCUCGGGACUGUCAAGUAUGAAUUAGAAGGUACAAUAGAGAGGCCCGGCGCUUUCCGGCCAAAUUUGGUUGGGAAGAGGGAUGUAAUCUUGAUCCGAUGCCCUGCCGAGACGAGUCUGGAAUGUUCAGAGCCCAUCGCCAUUAGUCGAACUUGGGAGGAUCAGUUGCACUACGAUAUUGUAAUAUCGGGGAAAUCCUUUCCGUUGGGUUCAGCGAUACCGAUAGCGUUUAAACUUACGCCCUUGGCUAAAGUGCGGUGUCACCGGAUCAAAAUCUUUAUCACGGAGAAUAUCGGGUACUCUUGCAGGAACAAGAAGAUUCAUAGGCUGGACCCCACGCGGAAGGUCCAAUUGUUUGAGAAGAGGGCUGAUGGACCACCGACUUCUGCUUUUGCUGGAUCUUCUGCACGAAUACUUGCUGGAGGGGGAUUCAGUGGGGAGCAGGUUGCUGGCGGCAUCGGUCUGGACGGAAGUAAUGGGUCGGAUAGUUUGCUCGGAGAUCUCACUGGGCAGGAUAAUAUUGGGCCGACAGAGAUGGAGCUGGCCGUGCAGUUGCCCGGUUGCAACGUGAAGGAAAAGGAUCGGAUACACUUCGAUACGACAUAUCAGAAUAUUCAAGUGCAUCAUUGGAUCAAGGUGGGUUUUCCUUCUUUUCUUUUCUUUUCUUCUCGUAAUCCAUGUUAUCGCUUAUUUGUAAUGUCUUGGAAACUAAUUAUUUAUUUAUUUUGUUUCUCAUUUGUUAGAUUGUGAUGCGACUGAGCAAAGCCGAUCCCAACGACCCUGGGAAGCGACGUCAUUUUGAGAUCUCCAUUGACUCUCCGUUACAUAUUCUGUCAUGCCGAGCAGCAGGCGCGAACACAGCUCUUCCAGCAUACAACAGUCCUAACCCCGGAAUUGCAUCUUCCGGCACCCAAUGCUCGUGCCCCCCUUUGACUCGAAGGAAUUCACCGAGAGACGGACCACCGACGUUAAAUGUGGAUACACAAGUAGGACACUUAUCUUCGGGUCAACCAGAACCUCCCAAUGAGGUUGCUAGGCCGCUCCAUCUCAUUCGUUACCCAUCGCACAAUCCUCCUCCAUUUGACUAUGAUGUUGCUCCUCCACCGCUCAUCACUCCUCCACCGAGGUACGAGUCUGUAGUAUUGGGGGAGGAAGGACUCGCAGAUUACUUCCAGCGUCUCGCAGACGAGACAGCCGGGGAUGACGACACAGAUGACGAACUUGUAAACGGUGAUCAUGGGCGGUUAAUGCCGCCUUUGACACCGGGGGGUCGGAACGCUCGGAGCAUGGAUGAGAGGCGGAGGUGGGAGCCUCUUGGAAUAUCCAACCGAGCACAAUAGACAGACCUCCCGUCCAAGUGCAAUCUUUUUCCCUAUUUCGUUCGUUAUCUCCUUUACCAUUCUUCCCCACUCACCCCCCUACGCAUCCCCCGGUGUUCAUAUUUCCCAACACCUUCUGAAUAUUGGUCCAGGGGGCAUUCUGUUAUUCCCUAAACCCCUAGUUCCUGUUGUAGGGUUUUCCUUUUCACGUCUGGGAGUUUGCUUCUUAUUUUCUAUUAGAAAUUGGGUGUAUUCAUAAUAUUCUACUUUCUCUGGGUUGUGGUUAUUUUUAUUUAUCAGUUUACCGGCUCUUUUUUUUUGGGGCGGUUCUCGGGAUGAGAAUUAUACGAAGGUUAUGAAUUUCUUUUCUAUUUUUCCCUUCCUUCCUUCAUCUCUUUUCGCCUUGGUUACCCGUUCGUUUUGCACAUUUUCCCCUUGAUCUCUCCCUUUUCCUUGCUUUCCUUUGAAGCGCAAGAGGGGGUUUUUUUUUUUUUUGCUAUUUCAUUUCACAUCAUACUCGGACAUCAUAAAUUAUAGAGGGUUUUCAGGUGGGGCUCUUGUUUAUCUGGGUUCUUUUUGUUUGUACAGUACAGGAGUAGAUUUGGGUUGGGUCGGGACGGUAGAUAGUGGGAAAGAUAUUGCCAAAAGAAAAAGAGAAACAUCUCAAUCCCAACCU